AUGUUGCAAUGCCACGUCAAGAACUGCAACAACAACAACUUUCCUCUUCGCUUUGAAGAGGUUCAAGUCGAAUUGAUCGAAGCUGAUUUCAAUCCCGAAUUCUUGGCCAACAUGUUGAACAAGAUUGAGUGGGAUGCCUUAUACAACACUGCUGUUCAGCUUGGCAUCAAUACCCUCCCUGCUCAAAUGCCUGAAGACGCAGAAGAAAAUGAAGAUUUCCUCAAGUUGGUGCACAAUGUCUUGUUGGAGACUCAUGUGCAACAAGGCCAAAUGGUGUGCCCCAACUGCGCUCAUGUUUACAAGAUUAGAGAUGGCAUUCCCAACAUGUUGUUGGCAGAGCAUGAAAUCUAG